AAUGUUUAAAGUUUUAAAACAAUUUGAAUCUGUUGAACUGUCACACAUAUGGCAAGUCAAACCUUCAACGAUUGGCACAAUUUACUUUAAUUCACCCGACGAUAGCGUUGCAGGUGUACAAAAUAGAGUUGGAGUUUUUUUCUUCUUAGCUAUGAAUCAAGCGUUUAUUAAUUUAUCGGCGCUAGAACUUUUUAUUAGGGAACGCGUUAUUUUUAAACACGAAAACGUUAGCGGCUUCUAUAGAUGUUCGACUUAUUAUUGUUUGAAAAUUAUCUGCGAUUUACUGCCAAUAAGAGCUUUGCCGUUGAUUGUUUUCAGUGUCAUAGUAUAUUGGAUGCUUGAUUUAUCUUCUGAUGCUGGAAAAUUCUUUUUCUUCUUACUUACCCUCUAUUGUACUACUAUUACCGCUUGCGCCAUCUGCUUUGCAUUCAGUGCAACGUUUGAAACUUUUGCUAUUGCGAAUAUUGCAACUGCAAUGUCCUUUGUCAUAAUGAUGUUAUUCAGUGGAAUGCUUGUAAAGUUGGAUUCUAUUGGUAAUUGGCUGGAAUGGGUUAAAUAUCUAUCGCUGAUGAGAUAUUGUCUAGCGGCCUUGAUUAUUAACGAAUUUAAAGGAUUGGAAUUGCAGAAGAAUGGCACUAGUGAAAAGGCCUUAGCAGAGAGAUUUACCUACAAGAGCAAAAGAUUGACUAUGAAACGGAUUGGGAUAAAUGGGUCAAUAUCCUAG